GGGAGGCGGGGCUUGAGCCUGGCCGGGGAGCGGAAGAGCCUCCAGCUGUUGGGUGAGGCGCGGGCUGCUUUUGGUGGUGGGUUUGGGGUCGGCUGGGAGCCCCCCUUCCACCCACAUCCCGGGAGCCAGCCGCAGACAGCGAAGGCCUUGGCGUUUCCGAGCAGUGGCCUCCGGCUGCUGUCGCCGCCGCGGACGCCCCCACUCCGCUUCCCGAGGACGCGGCCCUGCGCGGCCUGUAGGCCCAAGCGCGGCCCGCGGACCCCGACGUGCUGUGCCGGCGCUGCCGUGAGUACUGAGAGCGCCCCCGCCGCCGCCGCCUCCUCACACGCUAAGAUGGAGGAGAUUUCCUUGGCCAACCUGGAUACUAACAAGCUCGAGGCCAUCGCGCAGGAGAUCUACGUUGACCUGAUAGAGGAUUCGUGCCUGGGCUUCUGCUUUGAGGUGCACCGGGCCGUCAAGUGCGGCUACUUCUACCUGGAGUUCGCAGAGACUGGGAGCGUGAAGGAGUUCGGCAUCCAGCCGGUGGAAGAGAAAGGAGCCUGCCGCCUCCCCCUCUGCACCCUCCCCGGAGAGCCUGGGAACGGGCCGGAUCAGCAGCUGCAGCGCUCGCCUCCGGAAUUCCAGUAGCUGUAACAUAGGGUGGAGGGGAGCCCCGAGGGUGACCAGGACGAUGACAUAGACCAGUCCUGUGGUUUGAAGAAGUUAGAUAGCUAAGUAGAAAAACAAAACGAAAAAAAAAAAUUUAAAAAAAAAUCCUACUCCAGUCCCAAUUACCUACCAUUGAAGAUCCUAGCCUUUAAAAAAAAAAAAAAAAAAAAAAGGCCCAAAGUGGAGAAUUUAGGAACUCUGAUCUUUUUGUAAGUGUAUCGCCUGGGGUCAGCUUUGAAACCCCCAGGCAGGUAGAGCUGUCUGUCCUUGUGCACCUUGCAGUGUGGGUUUUGACCUCAGAACACAGCAGGAUGUGCAGGAGAUCCCUGUACUGUCCCCCAGUGCACAGGUGAGCAGCUGUGUACUCAGCAUAUAACUAAUUCUUUGGUUCCUCAGCCUUCCUGACUGCCUGAUACCAAGGACUUCCGCGAAACCACCCACAGUUUAUAGACAUAUCCGAUCCGAUCAUAAGGCCGCGGUGGGACUGGUCCUCCGACGUCGGGUGUAUUCAAGACAUAGCGAAAGUCGGGUACGAGAUCUGGAUAUUAACAUUUCCCUCUGAAGAAAAGCAGGAGAAGAAUCCCCAGCAUUUGAAUCUAGUAGGGGAAAGCUCUGUGGUCUUGUUUCCAACAAGAAGAAAAGACCAGCGUCACCAGUUUCUUGGGGAAGGUCCAGCCUGUGUAAUGACUUCAGCGUACCUGCGGAAACCUCACCUCUGAUGAGCCCUACCCAGUGGCAGAGAGACGUGACAGAUGGAUGGCUUCAUUUAUCUAGACAGGCUGAGGAUUUUGUUAUGAUCUCUUAGGGAGGCAGCAGGGACCUCCACAACUAUGCACGAUCUCUCAAACUUCAAAAUUUAUGUCUGGAUAUUUUAUCCUGUACACAAUAGUUUGGUGGGACAGUCAUUUUCUUAUUCUGAGUUACUAGUUAUCUAGCUUGGUUCUAAUGCCUGGUCAUCACCUGCCUCCUCUUCCAGGGGCAGGACUAACUAUAGAAGAGUGUCAUGGCUGUGGUUUGAAAGCUGUGCUGAGGGAAAAUUUUCCAGCUGCCCUCACUAGUGCGGAUGGGUUAGCACUAGGAACCAAGGUGGCACUGGAUUUUCUCAUCUCAGACUGCAGUAUCCUAUUGAAUUCUUCUGUUUCUUGGCUUGGGCAGUCACAGAGCCCUACUGUGGUGAACAUCUAGAGUGUCACCACCUUCUUUCCCCUCUUCUCACAAGGGGUAGAGUCCUUUCCAGUAGGCCCCAUGUGGCUCUUCUUGACAACAAGAGCUCACCUUUUGUUGUUGGAAGUCAGGGCCUCCAGAGAUCCCCUGGCUUCAGGGGGAAGAUUGGGGGGUGUGAGCUGCAUACCAGAACUACCCUCUACUUUAUCCCCUGCCUGAGGGUUUAUGAAGUGCAGAGGUGUGGAAGUCCCAAGGUGAGCUGGUGAGCAGGAAUGGUGCUGCUUUAUUUGAAAUGUUUUCUUACCUCAUUCUGUACCCCAUGGGGGCCCAGCCUCUUAGGUCUAACUUGGGCCCAUGUUCCUCCUGUUCCCUUCCACUUCCUAACUGGUGCAGCUCAUGACCCCAGGUGCUGCCUGCCAACGCUUUUCAAUUUGACCACUUUGAUUUCUCUUGAUGCUCCUGCUUCUGAAACUUGCCUAGCUUCUCGUUCUUCCUCCUCCACCCCUCCCACCCCGUUUUCUUCCUGGAGACAUAGAAGAAUUUUUCUAAUGCCUUCCUCUCGGGAUUAGAAUGGGAAGAAAAUGUAGUUUUUGUAAUAUGGAAGGCUGCAUAAUGCUUAAGUAUUUCUCCUUUGCUGUUAGGCCUUCCUGCUGUGUCUUACAUCAUGAGGAAUUAUAUCUUCCCACCUCCACUUGGAUACUGCCUCCUAAGUAGAAAAUAGUUAAAGAUGAUGACUGACACACACAAGGGGUGGAGUUAGUUCUGAUCCAUUUUUCUCUAACCUUUGCUGUACAUGUAACCGUCCUUAUCCGAGAAGUAAUGAUUUAGACUCUGUGGUCUUGUUUGAGUUACAGACUUUAAAAUGUUAUAGAACUAUACUAAUAACGCCUCAAGACAACGACUGCAUUCUCCCAUAGAGUUGUUCUGCUCACUGUUGGGGGGGUUAUAGAUAAAGGCUGGUCUUCAAAAAGUCAACCUUGGAAUGAUGAAAAGAUUGUGGAUUGUCUGCCUUGGGGUUUUUUCAGACCUCUAAGGGGAUGCAGAGGGAAAAGGGGUUUGUGUGAGGUUCCAGCUUACUUCCACAUGAUGUCUGAGAAAUAGCUAAAAGUAAAGCUACUCUUCAGAGAGGGAGCUCAGAAUGUGAUAAUACUAUGAUAGUACUGGCUUUUUCUCAUGCUUAGCUAUGGGAAAUAGUUUUGAGUUAAUAGUGGAUACACAUUGCCUCCCUCUUUUUGUGUUUUGACCUCUCCCUUCACCUCUCUCCCAUUAGGGCAAUAGUCCCCUGCCCUAGAUGAGGAUGAGAAGGGCCAGGUCCUAAAGGUGCCCUGAGGAGACAAGUUAAUUUCUUUCUUUUUGUGUGAGGGAGAAACUAGUCUCCCUACCAUAUAGUUAACAGUGGUUAGGAACUCUGGUUUUCCCUAUCUUCCCUCUAACAGCACAGAAUUGCUAUCCUUCCCUCUUCAAUUAAGUGUAUUGAUCACCCUGUAAUUCUAUUAUGUAUCUGAAUGAGUGAGUGUGUGUGUGUGUGUGUGUGUGUGUGUGUGUAGGGAAAGGGGUUCUUUAACAAAUUUCUGUGAUUUGUGGCUUUUUCUUCCAUACAUUAGUUCCACCACCGCAUGCCCAGGGGCCAUUGCCUGGCAUUAUCGCAUGCUGGGAUCAUUGGGGAAGUAUAGUGAAGUUCAUCACUAUCCUUUGUUUGGAAGAUUCUUAUUUUUGCAUAAGUAGUCUAUCCUAUACAAAUCGCUAACUAACCCUUGUAUUCCCCCUUGCUCCUUUGGCUGCUGGUGUAAAUAAACUGCAUCUCCCCAUUCGUAAACAGUAAUAAAAAUUUUAAAAAAUGACGUUA